AUGUUCGAAUCGGUGACGCCAGCCCAGCUGUCGUCGGGCGACCCCGCUAACGUGCGCGCGCCGCUCAUGCUGGUGCAGGCGGUGCUGCCGCACAUCCCGCGCGGCGGCCGCAUUAUCAAUAUUAGCAGCUUGGCCACGCGCACCGUCAACAUCGGCCCCGGCAUCCCGCCCAUGCCGCUGUACGUCGCCAGCAAGCUCGCCGUCGAGGGCCUGACGCAGAACUGGGCUGUCGAGUUCGGCCAGUCGCGCGGCAUCACGUCCAAUGCCGUCUCGGUCGGCUUCGUCGAGGCGGACCUCAUCGCGGCCAUGCCGGCCGAGCAGAAGGAGCAGAUCAAGGCCGGUAACAUCGGCGGCGAGGGCGCCCGCUGGGUCACGGGCAGCACCGUCAGUGCCAACGGCGGCGCCACUGUUAUUUGA